CUAUCCACUCAAAAGAAAAAUGAACCAACGGAAGAACUCCAGGAGGUAAUACUAUGGACCAUAAGGCUUCAACGAGCCUCUCGCCACCGCCGGUGAAGAACCGGCGGCGUGCCGUCCCUACCACCUUCGACGCUCUGGGAAACGACGUUCUGUGUAUGAUUUUUGCUUUUCUCGACGUCGUCCAACUACUUCGCUGCGCCACUGUCUGCAAAUCGUGGAACACCGUGAUUAAUAAACUGAAGUUAGUGCAAAUACAGUACCACAAACAGACAGAUUCCGUCAGCCUCUCUGAUGUUUCUAGUUUUUCGGAAAAGUCAAUAAAUAUAGAGAUGGAGCGGCUAGCGAUGGAGCAACAGAGAUUGUCUUUACAAGAAGGUCCUGUUGAUAUUUUUCAGUGGAAAGGUCACUCGGUAGGGAUUAACAAAUGCAGAAUGAAGAUGGGGUUGGUUCUCACUGGUGUUGGAGAUAAGGUGAUGCGUCUCUGGUCUGCAGAGAGGUGCAAGGGGUUGGAUGAAUAUUAUCUGCCUGAUAAAGCACCACUAAUCGACUUUGAUUUUGAUGAGGGGAAGGUUGUUGGUCUUGUGGGAACUCGUAUAUGUAUAUGGAGGCGCAUUGGGACUAGAGAUCUAUUUUCCUCGCGUGAAGGCAUAUUUACCCAGGGAUUGUGUAUGCGUUAUGAAGACCCACAGGCAGUGGUUGGGUGUGAGGAUGGGAAAGUCCGUGUAUUUGACAUGUACAGCAGAAAGAUUUCACAAAUAAUCAAGAUGCAUCCUGGGGCAGUAUCAUGUUUAUCCUUCACUGAUGAGCAGUUGAUUGUCAGUGGUUCAUCCCUUGGUAGUAUUUCAAUAUCAGAUCUUUCGUCAGAUCUGCAAGUGGCUGCCUUGGACACAACUAGUUCUGGAGGAGGCAUAAAAACUCUGUGUUUGAACCCAAGCUCGUAUUCAUUAUUUGCUGGAUCAAGUACAGGCUAUGCAUCUUGUUGGGACCUAAGAACAUUUAGAAGACUAUGGAACACACGAGUUAGCCCAAACGUGCUCUACUCUAUGCAUCACCUGCGGAACGAUAAAUCAACACUGGUGGUUGGUGGAAUAGAUGGUGUGUUAAGAAUCGUCGAUCAGAACAGUGGAGAAGUAUUGUCCAGAUGCAUAAUGCAGGACAACAGAAACGUUCCGAAUCAAACAGACAAGAACAGAGUUGUUGAGAAAAAGAAAGCAAUACGGCUCUCCGAAGAUGACCGGAUUGAUCUAAUGCCGAAUCGGCCUCCUAUAACAUGCUUAGCUGUUGGAAUGCAGAAAGUUGUUACCACACACAGUGACAAGCACAUCAGAGUGUGGAAGUUCAGUUAUAAAUGACAAACUUCCGGCGACAAUUGCUUUUUCAGAGGUUUCAUGUGACUCUUCUCUUAGUGUGUCAAUGGCUCCUUACUCUGCUGAUGUUUGUGUGACCACUCUUGUGCAGCCUGUAUUUCUAUGGAGAUUUCUUGCUGGUUUUUCCUAAGAUUUCAACAAUUAUUUAGAAUAAAAUGAAAUGCUAAGUUAAAAGAAAAAUACCAUGU